AAUGAAUUCUGAAUUUAUAUUAGAGUAGCUUGCUUUAGGAAAACGAAUUGAUGGUAGAGAUCCAUUAUAAUAAAGAAUGAUAUAAUGUCAUUUUGGACCUUAGAGUACUGGUGCUGUAGAAUUAAGUUUAGGUGAAACAAGAGUAUUGAAAUCAUAAAAUUUAAUUAAGGUAUUUGCAACAACAAGUGCUUCAAUUACAACUCCUAAUCCAAUUAGACCUUCUGAAGGUUUUCUAAAAUUUCAUUUGGAUUUAUAAGUGUUGAGAGAUACUGGAUUUAUGUAAAAUCCAAUUAAAUUAGGAAUGGAAAUUGAAAAAUACAUUGAAAAAGUUAUUAAAGGAUCUAAGUAUAAAAUUUAUUAAAUGAAGAGCACUUGAUACAGAAUCACUAUGUAUUUUAUCUGGUAAAAAUGUUUGGACUAUCGAUGUAAAUUUGGCCCUAAUUAAUAAUGAUGGAAAUCUAAUAGAUGCUAUGUAUCUAUGUUGUAUUUUGUCAUUACAACAUUUUCGAAGACCCUAAGUCAGUGUUUCUCUUCAAGGAGUUAAAAUAGAAAUUGAAAAGAGAUUAGUACCUCUUAGUAUCCAUCAUAUACCUUUAAGUCUUACUUAUGCAAUUUUAGAGUUGAAUUAAUAAACUAUUCUUUUAUAAGAUCCAUGUGUAAGAUCUGUUAUCUAUUGAUUUUAGUUGGAAGAGGAAGCAAUUUAGAAUGGAAGAAUUACCUUUAGUGUAAACAUUUAUAAUGACAUAUGUCAUGUUCAUAAACCUGGAGGAUCACCAAUUAAUAUUUCUAUUUUACAAUAAUUGACCACUGUAACUUUGAUGAAAUCAAAACCAUAUACAGAAGAAAUCAGAAAUCUAUUAAUCAAUAACAAAGGUUUUCCUAUUGAAAAGACUGUCACACUUUUCAAAUUUGAGUUACCUAAAUAAACAAGUGAUGCCAUUUAAGUUGAAUAAUUAGAGUAAUUGUAUAAUUAAUGA